CCGGGCCCAUUAUCUAUAGAACAUUCUGUCAAUGUGCUGAUUGUUCCUUUUUUUCCAUAAACUCUACAUGUAGCCACCCCUCAACCCCCCAUGCUCGCUAAAUAUCAACCAAUCAUGUAACUGCUGAAUGAAACAUCCCCAAACCUUGCAGUGGCUAUAAUAAAAACCCUGUGAUUUGGAGUUCGGGGCUCUCAAUCCUGAUCCGCUGCGUCGGUGAUGGUUGAGUGCCCCUGCUCGAGCUUGAAUAAACAACUCUCGUGUGUUUACAUCAAAAUCGGCUCCUUGGUGGUCUUUGGAGACUUCGUGAUCUGGGCACAACAUUUGGGGGCUCGUCCGGGAUCCCCAAGACCCUCAGGAUUCCCGUACCAGAGGGUUGACGCCAGCUGGUGAGUGUUUCUGUGUCUGUAAAGUCUGGGGCCCAUUUUCUGGGAAGGUCGGCAAACGGUCUAGGCAGACGCGCUUCGAGGGCCGCCGACCCGGGAUCCUGGAAGACGUUCCGGGAUCCUUCUGGAGGGGAUGGAGUGCCCCGUGAGUAUGAGUCUGUGGGACUCCUAGGGGGAUGGUGCGGGUCGCUCCCGAGCUACGGCGUGAGGCCGCCGUCCCAUGCUUUGUUGCUUUUCUGUUGUGUCUGUUUGUUUAUUGUGUGACUUGGACUGAGACGACGGGACAGAAUGUGACUACCCCCCUUUCCUUGUUAACAGGUCGUUUCGGGGAAGUUAAAAAGCGAGUGCAUAAUGUGAAUUUAAAAAUUAAAAAGAGAAAGUUAAUCACCCUUUGCAGAUCAGAAUGGCCAACUUUUAAGAAGCAGCCGCCUGCAGCAGUCCUAGCGGUGCGCGAAAGAACCACCAGAGGAGACUACCGGAGAGGACAAAUCGACACCAAAGCCACGGCGCCGCUAUACCCAGUUCUCCAAGGAGGAACUGAGGAAGAUCUCCUUUUUCCCCCUCCCUACCGCCCGCACCCCGCUCCUCCACUCCCCCCGCCCCCGUCGGGGGUGGAAGGUAGAGCCCCUGCGGCCGCAGCGGGGGCGAAGGAAAUAGCCCCGGAGGUAGCCCCGGCGGUAGCUGGGGAGAAGGUGCCUGCCCGGGCGGGCAUUGCUAGAGGGGAUGGCCCCGCCCAAAACACCCGCAAUUGCCUGCGCAGCCUCCACGGUGGCUGGCGGGGUGGCUGGCGGGGCCGGCGGAUUCCACUGUCCUCCCGUUGAGGGCGACGACCCCCCGAUGAGCAUGGCAAUCAGCCUCUCCAGUAUUGGCCCUUUGCCACUAGUGACCUUUAUAAUUGGCUCACACAACACGCCAAGUUUUCCGACAAUCCCAGGGAUCUAAGCCAACUGUUUUGUUAACCCACCAGCCCACUCGAAAUGACUGUCAACAGCUCCUCCAGAUCCUGUUCAUGACGGAGGGACAUAAAAGAAUUCAGAACGAGGUCAGAAAAUUGGUUCCUGGUGACGAUAACCUUUCCUUCCCAUUGCCCCGGCCCGACUGGGACUUCAGCACAGCAGAAUGUAAGGAAAGACUCUGGGUCUACCGCCAGACUCUGUUGGGAGAUCUCAAGGUGGCUACUUGUAAGUGCACCAAUUUGGCCAAGGUAGGGGAUGUACAACAGGGACCAAACGAAAGCCCUGCAGCCUUCCUAAAAGCAAUUCAGGAAGCCUUCCGUAGGUAUACUCCUAUAGAUCCAAAAGCAAUUGAGACAAGGGCAGCUGUAGUAAUACAUUUCGUCAACCAGGCGGCGCCAGAUAUUAAAAGAAAGUUACAGAAAGUAGACAGACUGGGAGAAAAAAGUAUUCAGGACAUAGUGACAGAAACAAGAGAGAGACUGCAGAGGAAAGACAGACAAAGGCUGAUGAUCGACAAACUAGGAACCUAGCUCGGAUCCUUCUUGCCACCACUACGGGAGAGCCAAAGGAACGUGAACGUCGACUGAGAAAUAUUGCAGCAAAAGGACAAGGUAAGGGGAAACGUAGGGAUCACCCCCGAUUGGGAAAGAACCAGUGUGCUUAUUACAAAAAAAAAAGGCUACUGGGCCAGAGAAUGCCCUAAGAACCCAAAAAGCCGCCUCCAAAACCCCCAAUUGACUCUGUUACAAUAUGUAGGUGAUCUUCUUAUAACAGCUGAGACACAGGAGGACUGCCUAGAUGGAACCAAGAAACUCUCAACGGUUAUAGAGGAACUGGGAUACUAGGCGUCUGCCAAAAAGGCCCAAAUCUGCAAACCCGAGGUAAGCUACCUGGGGUACAUACUUAAAAAGGGACAAAGAUGGCUAUCCGAUGCUAAAAAAGAGACAUUUCUUAAGAUACCUACACCAGACUCUCCUCAAAAAGUUAGAAAAUUCCUAGGAUCGGCUGGCUUCUGACGCUUA